AUGAAGCUUUCGUUGUUUAACAUUGCCGUUGUGGCCUCCAUGGUCGCCAACGCUGUGACUGCCGCUUACACCAACUCUACCACUUCGUCCUCUGGACCAGCUCCAUCCAGUUCUCUUGCUCCAUCCAUUCGGGGUGUUGACAACAACGGCCAGGCUGAGUACAUCAUCACUAUCCCUGCUGCUCUUCAAUUCUCUUCUUUCAGUGUUUUGUCGCUCAGCCAAAACUUUGGUGCUUUCGACCCAAGCCUGUGUACUGCUGACGCUGAUGGACAGAGCAUUCCAAUCAACAAUGAGUCCACUGAGACUGACAUUGACUUUGAUGUUACCACUUCUGGCUACAGCCCAGAGAACUUCCACGCAUACAUCUACUCUGCUGCCAUUACCGAGCCAGGUUCUUACACUGCUACUUUUGCACUUACUACCGACCCAGACAGCAGCAAGAGAGCUGAGCGUGUCUACUAUUUGACUGCUACCGUGUACAUUGCUGCCGUGUCCUCUUCGUCUUCUGGUGCUUCCAGCUCUGUUCCAUCUUCUGCCUCUUCUUCCGAGAUUCCAGGUGUUACUGUCAUUACCCAGACUGCUUCGAGUACUGUUACUCUCACCACCACUUGUACUGAGGAGGUCUGCACCGGUGUGGAGACUAUUGUCACCGGUGUCACCACCGUCACUGAUGAGACCACUGUCUACACCACCUACUGCCCACUCACCACCACCCUCACUCUGGCUCCAGUUACCGUUGUGACCACUGUUUGCGAGACCGAGACUGCUUCUCCAGAGACCACCACCAUCACUGUCACCUGUACUGAGGAGAAGUGCAAGGGUCAAGAGUCUACCAUCGUCACUGGUCUCACCACCGUUACUGACUUGACCACUGUCUACACUACUUACUGCCCAUUGACUGCUGGUGAGGUUACCAAGACCUACACCACCACCAUCAAUAACCCUGUUGCUAGUACUCCAGUUACCGGUUUGGAGGUCACCACCACCGUUACCAGCGGUGAUGUCACAACCACCUACGUUACCACUUGUGAGUACUACGAGGUCACCGAGACCGCCACUGUUACUGCUACCGCUGGUGGCGUUGGUUCUACUGCUGCUGCUGGUUCCGGCACUACAACCACUGUUGCCACUGUCACCACCACCGGUGCCUCUGGUGCAGGCUCCACUGUGGCUGCUGUCGAGACUGGUUCUACCGGUUCCGGCUCUGGUUCUACUGCUGCUACCACCUUGUCUUCUUCUUCUGUCGCUGGCUCUGGCUCUGGCGCUACCUCCUCCAGCAUCUCGAUCUUGGAGGGUGCUGCUGCCAAGGGUUACGCUUCAGCAGGCUUGUUGGGAGCUGCUUUCAUUGCUGCCUUCUUCUACUAA